CUUCUAGGAGCGUGUGUGUGAGUCAGAGGAAACCUCAUUAUAAUAUAUAUCUGUAUAUAAGGUGUCACAUUUAUAGCAUCUGACUCAGUCAAUGACAAAGAACAAGAUGAACACAUACAGAAAGCAGAUAGCAGAACAGUUCCUGAGUCAGGCGCUGGGCAUAAUCUGCAUGCUGACCGGAGAGGAAUACACCAUUGUGAAGAAGAGGCCCUCCCACAGCAGCAAUCACCGGCUGAGCGGAGAGGUGCCUAUAAAGUGCGAUGAUGUUGCCGUGUAUUUCUCUAUGGAGGAGUGGGAUUAUAUAGAGGGACACAAGGAGCUUUACAAGGACGUCAUGAUGGAGACUCACCAAGCACUAAGGACUAUGGAGAUCCCAGGAAACGAGAGCUCAGAAUUAACAGGUCACAGAGAUAAAAAUCUAGACACAGGAUCAUGUAGAGAACUUGUACAGAAUAUUCAGCAUUUGGAGACCCCAUCAGACGUCUCUGCAGGUCACAGUGAUGAACAUCUAGACACAGGAUCACAUGGAGAACAGAAUAUUCAGCCAUCAGAUGUAUUUGUAGGUGUAAACGAUGAUAACAUUUUAUGUAAAACGGAACAAACAGAAGAUCAGUGGCUAGCAAAUAUACCAGAAGCUGCAAAGCAGGAAAUAUGUGACAAUAUAAAUACAGGUGUAAACGAUGCUAAAAUUUUAUGUAACACGGAACAAACAGAGGCUCAGUGGCUAGCAAAUAUGCCAGAAGCUACAAAGCAGGAAAUAUGUGACAAUAUAAAUACAGGUGAAUUCACAAACUGCAAGAACUAUAACACAAAUCGUAUUGCUCAUCAGAGAAUUCACACAGGAGAGAAAGCAUUUCCAUGUUCUGACUGUGGGAAAUGUUUUACUGUGAAAUCAACUCUUAUUGCACAUCAGAAAAUUCAUACAGGGGAGAAAGCAUUUUCAUGUUCUGACUGUGGGAAAUGUUUUAUUCAGAAAUCACAGCUUAUUGUACAUCAGAAAACUCAUACAGGAGAGAAAGCAUUUCCAUGUUAUGACUGUGGGAAAUGUUUUAUUCAGAAAUCACAGCUUAUUGUACAUCAGAAAACUCAUACAGGAGAGAAAGCAUUUCCAUGUUCUGACUGUGGGAAAUGUUUUACUCAGAAAUCACAGCUUAUUGUACAUCAGAAAACUCAUACAGGAGAGAAAGCAUUUCCAUGUUCUGUCUGUGGGAAAUGUUUUACUAUGAAAUCAAGUCUUAUUGCACAUCAGACAAUUCAUACAGGAGAGAAAGCCUUUUCAUGUUCUGACUGUGGGAAAUCUUUUACUUCGAAACAAAAUCUUAUUGCACAUCAGAAAAUUCAUACAGGAGAGAAAACCUUUUCAUGUUCUUACUGUGGCAAAUGUUUUACUUUGAAACAAAAUCUUAUUGCACAUCAGAAAAUUCAUACAGGAGAGAAAGCCUUUUCAUGUUCUGACUGUGGGAAAUGUUUUACUAUGAAAUCAAGUCUUAUUUCACAUCAGAAAAUUCAUACAGGAGAGACAGACUUUUCAUGUUCUGACUGUGGGAAAUGUUUUGCUAUGAAAUCAACUCUUAUUACACAUCGGAAAACUCAUACAGGAGAGAAAGACUUUUCAUGUUCUGACUGUGGGAAAUGUUUUACUAUGAAAUCAACUCUUAUUGGACAUCAGAAAGUUCAUACAGGAGAGAAAGACUUUUCAUGUUCUGACUGUGGGAAAUGUUUUACUUUGAAAUCAAAUCUUAUUAAGCAUCAGAAAACUCAUACAGGAGAGAAAGACUUUUCAUGUUCUGACUGUGGGAAAUGUUUUACUAUGAAAUCAACUCUUAUUACACAUCAUAAAAUUCAUACAGGAGAGAAAGCAUUUUCAUGUUCUGACUGUGGGAAAUGUUUUACUCGGAAAACAACUCUUAUUAGGCAUCAGAAAACUCAUUGAAAGAAAUCAGUUUAACCUCAUGGUACAGAGGAAGCGUUCUGUGAAACGCGCGUCAGGGGUCCAGCAGGAGCAGCUGUGUCUCUCCUGUCUGUCGCUUUUUAACUUGCUUGCCUGGUUGAUAAUAGAAUUUAUGUCUCAAUAACGAACCUUACUCAUGGUGCCCACUAUAACAGUUAUUAAUACUUAAAAGUAAAAGUAAUUUAGCCCUCGGAUUGUAAGGGCUUAGCUUACUAUAGAUUACUAUAUUAGUGGGCCCGUGGACAUAUGUUGAAUUGAGCCAAUCCUUAUUUACUCUCAUACUGGGUUUAAGUGUUUUUAACAUUUCUUCUCUGCUACUGUGUGCAUGUAUGUUCCUAGUCUAAUUAAUAAAGUUUAAAGUACGAA